AUGCAAGCGCUUCUUGACAUCUUCAAAUUCUCAUUGAUUAGUAUUGCUAUCUUUGUUUAUGCUCAUCCCAUCCCACGUCAAAGUGGCGACCAAAUCUCAGCCGUGAGAUUGGGACCAACAGAGAAUGUAGCAGAAAUGAUUGCGAUGAUCCCAGAACCUUAUAUGUACACACCUCACAAUGAACAAAUCGAAGGCUCAAUCGUCAUCACAUUGCCAGAGGUUGCUUUUGAUCAAACAAAAGAAGAAUUGCAAUUCGUCAAACGAGCAAGACAACACGAACCUGAAGCUCCUCAACCAGUAUGUCCUCACUGUGGUGGAUCAGGUUGCUCAUCUUGUAAGUCAGGCUCAACAAGAAAUCAUUUAAUGAAUCACGAAAUUUUCGCAAACCAUUAUCAAGAUUCUAAAAUGCAUCUCAGCAGACAUCUCUCUGAACAUUCACCACAAAAUCGCGGUAUCGAAGGCUCACCAUUCGGUUCAGGAGCACACGAAAAACAAAGAGGCGCCAAAGAUUGA